ACCUGCAGAAACAAAACAAACAUUAUUAAUAAUAUCGCCUCGUUGUGUGUGUUUGUGAGCUGUGUGUAACAUGUGCAGCCUUCAGAGUGUGAAGCUGUUCGUCCAGCAGCGGCUAACUGCGGCUGUGGAGGAGAUAUUUGGACAUUUAGACAAAACAAUAACCGAGUAUGAAGAGGAGAUCCACCGCAGGCUGCUGCAGGGAGCCGAGCUCAGAGCAGAAGAUGUUCAGCAGCUGUUGGAGGGUAAAGAAGAGGCUCCUCCUCAGCAGCAGGAGUGGAGCUCCGGUCUGGACCAGGAGGAACCAGAUCCUCCACAUAUUAAAGAGGAACAGGAGGAACUCUGGACCAGUCAGGAGGGAGAGCAGCUUCAAGGGCCGGAGGAGGCCGAUAUCAUCAGGUUCACAUACAUUCCUGUCCCACGUGAAGAUGAUGAAGAGAAACCUCAGUCCUCGCAGCUUCAGAGGGCAGAGGAGCCUCCAGCCGGAAGCUCAACUGAACCGAUGAAGACAGCAGGUGAUGAAGAUGACAGCGGAGGAUCAGAACCAGCCAGGAACUUUGAUCCGGAUAGUUAUUUACAACCAGUCAGCGAAGAGGAAACGUGGAUGGAAAGCGGGGACCCUCUGUCAGGUUUAAAGGCUCUGAAUAAUAAUAUUGUUAAUGAUAAUAUUGUUCAUAGACUCCUUGAAAGUGAGGAGGACUGUACGGAUGGCACGAAAUCAUAUGCGUGUCCUCAUUGUGAUAAAAGCUUCCACCGCAGGGAAACUCUGAACAGACACAUGAGGUGUCACACAGGUGAGAAGCCGUACAGCUGUUCGGUGUGUAACGGGAAGUUUAGAUGGAGAGCAGACUUUGUGGCUCACCUGAGAAUCCACACGGGGGAGAAACCUUUCAUGUGCAGCGUCUGCGGGAAAUGCUUCAUCAAACACGGGACUCUGACGCGACACAUGAGAACCCACACCGGCGAGAGACCACACGUGUGCUCGGUCUGCGGUCACGGUUUCCAUCGCAAAGAGGAUCUGACCAAACACACGAGGACCCACACCGGGGAGAAACCGUUCAGCUGCUCCGUUUGUAACAGACAGUUCUCUCGCCUGUUCCGCGUCAAAAACCACAAGUGUGUUGUUGAGAGCGGCGAUACAUGAAGCUGCUGAGUUCAAUGUUUUAGUCCCAUGUUGAGGUUCUUACUACCUCAAUGUUUGAAGUUAGAAAAACUCAAACAACUCAUUUCAUUAAAGUUACA